UCAUUUUUCUUUGUUCCACACUGUAACCGGUUUGAAGUAACAGUGUGUGACUGCCCGGUUCACCCCGCCCACUCCACCGUCUGCAAGAAAGCAGCUGCCUCUCUCUCUUUCCCUUUCUCCUCCUCUGAACACCGUGUAACAGCAGUUCGUAGCAGUCAGCCACCUCAAGGGUAGAAAAGUGACUCAAAAUGACGAUGAAACUGGCUUACUGGGACAUCCGUGGGCUCGCCCAGCCUGUCCGCCUGCUGCUCGAGUACACCGGCACCAAAUAUGAAAACAAGUUCUAUUCCUGUGGUGAAGCUCCUAACUACGACAAGAGCUGCUGGUUUGAUGAAAAAAAGUCACUGGAAAUGGAUUUUCCUAAUCUGCCCUACCUUGAGGAUGGAGACAAGAAGAUCGUGCAGAGCAAUGCCAUCAUGCGAUACAUCGCUCGCAAGAACAACAUGUGUGGAGAGACAGAAGACGAGAAGAUCCGUGUGGACAUUACAGAGAACCAGGCCAUGGACUUCAGGAAUGGCUUUGUGAUGAUGUGCUACACUGACUUUGACAAGAUUAAGCCAGGGUACAUUGAGAAGCUGACAGGUACACUGAAGCAGUUCUCAAAGUUCCUGGGGAAGAAGAAGUGGUUUGCUGGUGAUAAGAUCACUUUUGUGGACUUCAUCAUGUAUGAGCUGCUAGAUCAACACAGGAUGUUUCACCCUACAUGCCUUGAUGACUUCCAGAACCUCAAGGAUCUUUUGGACCGUUUUGAGGCUCUGGAGAAGAUCGCUGCCUACAUGAAGUCGGACAGGUUCAUGAAGACUCCUGUGAACAACAAGAUGGCCAAGUGGGGAAACAAGAAAGAGUAAAAGAGAAUGCACUUCUUGCCUUAAAUUAGUAUGAAAGAAGACAACUUUCUCAAGUACCAUGAUCUCCAUUUCCCAUAAAUUCAAGACUAGAAAAAAGAUGUUGUGUUGUUUUUUAUGAGCUGAUAACUAGUUGGUCGUGUAGGUUUCAAGUCCUUUAAAAACAUGUUAAAACUAGAUGAGUCCAACCAGUUUAGAGAGAACUCCAACUUUGUACUUUUGUUAUAGAAAAAUGUUGAAACUGGAAAUUUGAAUUAAAGCACUUAAUUUCUUUGAUGCA